AUGGGGGUGGGCGGUGCUGAGAGUCAAGACCAGCCAGUGUUCAGCCGUAUCAUAGGGGGGCAGGAUGCACAGGAGGGUCAAUGGCCCUGGCAAGUCAGUGUGCAAAAAUAUGAUGACAAAAACCAUGAAUACCACCACAUCUGUGGAGGAUCCCUCAUCUCGGCCCAGUGGGUGGUGUCAGCUGCUCACUGCUUCAAUCGCUCUCUGCCCUAUUCCCAGUACCAGUUAGUGCUGGGAGCGCACCAGCUCCUCAACCCCUCCCCCAAUCAGGUCCUGGCCGAGGUGCAGAAGAUCAUCCCCCACCCCAGGUACAAUAGGAGGAGCUUCGUUGCUGACAUCGCCUUGGUGAGGCUGAAGGAGCCAGUGAAAUCCACGUUCAUCCGGCCCAUCUUCCUGCCAGGUGCCUCCCGCCAGUUCCGCGUGGGGAAGAAGUGUUGGGUCACCGGCUGGGGACGGGUAGAAGUGAGCGAGCGUCUCCAACCACCCAAGACCCUGCAGGAGCUGGAGGUUCCCAUCCUCAGCACAGCGACCUGCAACAAGCGUUACAGCACACUGAGACGAAACCCAUUUCUGGGUCCACAGGCAGUCAAAACCAGCAUGAUCUGCGCUGGGUACAUGGACAGCAACAAGGGAUUCUGCCAUGGCGACUCCGGGGGGCCUCUGGCCUGUGAGCAGGGCGGCACCUGGUACCUGGCCGGAGUCGUGAGCUGGUUUCUGACCAGAAAAGUGAGUGGAAUCGUCUGUUCUCAUCCCAAGUUCCCCGGAGUCUUCACCCGGGUGACGGCCUACGACAGCUGGAUCCAGGAGCAUGUGAAGGGGUCUGCCUAUCGUGUGACCCUCGGGGAGCACCAGCUGUCCAACCCCUCCCCGAGUUGGGUCUCAUCCCCUGUGCGCCAGAUCCUCGUCCACCCCGAUUACAACAGGGGGACCCGUUCCGCCGAUAUUGCCCUAGUGAAGCUCACGGAGCCAGUGCGAUACACCGACGAAAUCCUCCCCAUCUGCUUGCCAGGCCCCUCCCACUCCUUCCCUGGCAACCACACGUGCUGGGUCACCGGCUGGGGGACAACAGCUUCUGCGGUCUCUCUCCCACCCCCCAAGACGCUGCAGGAGGUUCCGGUCCAGCUGAUGGACACUGCAGCCUGCAACGCCCUCUACAACAUCGACCUGGCCCCGAACAUCGGCAGGGACCCCAUUAAACCCAACAUGAUCUGUGCCAGCUAUGCAGAAGGGAAGAGGGACUCCUGCCAGGGUGACUCUGGGGGGCCACUGACCUGUGACCACAAUGGGACCUGGUUCCUGAUGGGGGUUGUGAGUUGGGGGGACGGCUGUGGCCAGCCCAAUCGUCCCGGUGUCUAUGUCUGGACAGUGGCCUACGGUGAAUGGAUAUGGGGGCACAUGGUCUCCAGGGGAUGAGCCACCAGUACAGAAAACAGCCUCUCUGCAAUAAAUGAUGCCA